GGCGUUUGCUUAUGAAGCUGUGAAGCUCGGGAUGGGUCAGUUUUUUGCUAAACUCCUGAAUAUUUUUGGAAGUCGCGAGCAUAAGGUGAUAAUUAUUGGAUUGGACAAUGCUGGAAAAACCACCAUACUUUACCAGUUCCUAAUGAAUGAGGUUGUGCAUACGUCACCUACAAUUGGAAGCAAUGUGGAAGAAAUCAUCCAGCACAAGACACAUUUCCUCAUGUGGGACAUUGGUGGUCAGGAAAACCUGCGGUCUACUUGGAAUACCUACUAUUCCAACACAGAGUUUGUCAUCCUUGUGAUCGAUAGCACAGAUCGUGAGAGGCUGACAGUGACAAAAGAGGAACUGUAUAAGAUGUUAGCUCAUGAGGACCUGCGUAAUGCAGCUGUGUUGAUAUUUGCCAACAAGCAAGAUAUUAAAAAUUCCAUGUCUACCUCUGAAAUUUCUAAGUUCCUCACCCUGAGCUCCAUCAGAGACCACCCAUGGCAUAUUCAAGGUUGCUGUGCACUCACAGGAGAGGGUUGUUAUUCCCCGUAACGUAUCACACAUUCCUGAAGACAACUAACAUUGACAAAUGGUGAUUUCAGCAGCAACGGUCUCUGCACACCUGCAGGGUAAUUACAUGCCAGCACAGCACCUGUGAUGGUUCAAAACCUUCAGAAUCCCAUCAGGGCAGCUCUGCAGCUCUUUAUUCUUUGCUUCUGCCUUGCCUGUGUGGGCUUUGUUGUGGGACAGCAGUGCAGUGCCAUCGGUUUUUGAGGCAUCCACAAACCAUCUCUUUGACACCUCUGCUAUAUAAUUCGUUGUUGUGUGAAAUGAGCAAAGAGCAGGUGGAAGUGCCAAUAUUAAAAGGCAUCAAGUUUCUCUUGAUAAAAAAUAUUUUGUUCCUUCUAUGGGGCAGGAGCAUAACUUGGGCAGAAAGCAAAACGGUUCUGGCUUAGGCCAAUAAAUUCAAUAUUGCACAAUGCAGCUUUCUGUCUCCUUGCCAAGCCUGGAUUGGAACCGUGGAACACUUUUAAACAGAUUAAGGCUAUUUUCUAUUGUUGAAAUAUGUCAUGAGUGGAAAUGUUUAAUAACUCAUCUAAUGUGAAUCGACUGAUUUUUAAUAACAGUUCUUAAAAACAUUGAAGGUGGCCAAUGCUGUCUUCAAUGUAUGAAUGUGGGGUGGGUGAAAGGAAAGUAUUUACUUAAGCUGUAUCUGUUUCAUAUAUCCAUGUAUAAUUUCUCUAAAGAAAAAGGGUAUUUUCUCAUACAAAGUAUCAUAAAGAUUGCCCAAUCAGUUAGAAUUAAUUGAAAAAAUCAUUUUCACUGUGGACAGCCUUAAUUGUGCCCUAUUUAAACGGCUGGUUUCUGGUUGUUUCUGCCUAAAAUGGUUCUAUCCUUUGGACUUAACCCAAGUUUAAAAUUAAGGAAAGCAGAAACACAUCCUUUUGAAAGCGAAGAACAUAUCUGGAAGCAACGGUGAAAUUCACUUACCUUUGCUACCAGUUCGGGAACAGGAGCAUGCGCGCACUAUGCGUUUACACCCCUCUUCUGCAUAUGCGCAGAUGGUAAAAAAAGGGAUGUAAUGGCGUUCCAGCGGGUAGGCGGAGCCUCCUGACACCUGUGCUAUCAGUUCGGCAAGCCAGAUACAACGGGGGGGGGGGGGAAUUUCACCGCUGUCUAAACCCUUAGCCCAUAUCUUGGGUAUAAUUGUUCCUUAGCGGUAGAUGUGGCUGGUCAGAAAACACCCAUUUACAAGCAAGCAAAAUAGUAAAAUUACUACAUUAGCUUUUCAGAUGCUGUCUAUUAGUUCAGUUUACCUUUGUUUUAAAAUAUCCUGAGCAUUUAGUUCAGGAGUCUCCAAACUUGGAAUUAUAAGACAUACUUCAACUCCCAGAAUUCCACAGCCAGCAUAGAGUUGCCACGUUUGGAGACCCCAAUCUAGUUGAAACCAUCUACAUUUUUUUCUUAACUGAUAUCUUUCUUAGAAUGCAUGUGGAGAUUCAAGCAAAACCUAGAACAUUUUUUGAAAUAAGGAGGCUAGAACCUGGAGCAGUAUGUCAGGUGCCCUCCAAUACAAUUCUUUAAAGAAGUCAAUUGAUGCUACCUGUCUAGUAAGCAUUGGAGGGAGGUCUUGGACUUUCUCCAAUAAAGAAAAGAAAACGAUUUCUCCCUUGAAAGGAUCCAAGUUAAUUUCAGUUUUCUUCUAGGAAUUGUGAAUUUUGGGUUUUCUAGUAUUAAUCAUUUCUUUUUCUCCACUCAGCCUUCCUGCUGGUUUAGAAUGGAUGAUAUCUCAAGUUGCUGCCAAGUAAUCUCAGCCAAACCUACUUUGGGACUGGGGAAAAAUAAACCAACCUUUAUAUUUAUUUCCACUUUACAAAACUCUCAGGAUCUGUUGGACCUUGGAAGGCUUUUUUCCCAGAGGCAUCAGUAUUUUAUUAAAAUACUUUUUAGCACAUGUCAUAUUAUAGGAGGAGUUGCAUUCAGCCUGUGGAGAGAUUCUUCCUGGACUUCGGAUCUAAUCAUAUCACAUUGGAAAGUCUGUUUAUAUCACGCCACUGUGUGGCUUUGAUUUUAUACCUUCCCAAUCAGAAUGGGACACUGCGGUGAGAAGUGUUAAGUCCUAUGAACCAAAAAAGAUUAUGGAACACUGCUGAGCAUUGCUUUUCCUUUCCACGAUGCUAACAUGUUUUGCAUUAUCAUUGUGAAAACAACAACAAAGAAGAUGGAAUGUUAUUUUGGGAAAUGUUAUUUCAUGGAUUUCACUCUGCCUUGUGAGAUGCUUGAAUUGCUUCCCAAAUGAAUAAGUAGCCAAGGAAAUUUUGAAACAGAUGUCCUCAUUUCUUCAUCUUUUCCUAGGAUUGCUGUCAUUUCGUCUGUCCUAUAGAUAAUUCUUGACUUAUGACCAGUCAUUUAAUUUCCUUUGAAGUCACAUCAUUUUAUUUUGGGCACUUCCAGUGCUCUGUUGGUCACAUGACUGCAGUGUGUGACCUUUUUUGCUGUUUCUCUGACUUUUGCUGGUUUCUGGCAAAAAGUGCCCAUGUGGGUGAGUAGAUUUGCUUAACUGCAGGGUUCACUGAACAACUAUGUGAUUCACUUAACAAUUGCAGUGAUUUGCUUUACAAUCACAAAAUUGACUCUGGUCAUAUGCAUUACUUUAUGACCACAGUCAUUUAUAACUGAAAUUCCAUAGUCCAUUGUGGUCAUAUGUCAAGGACUACCUAUAUAUCCAAUAAAUAAUUUCAAUGCUGCGUUGUUGUUUUAAAAUUUUCCAAGUCUGUCUUUUUUGUAUUUUUCUGACUCUACGUGUGUAUGUGCGCGCGUGCCCUCGCGCACACAUGCAUGUGUUCAUGUGCAUGUAUGUGUGUGCGUGUGGCUGCCUGUGCGAGAGAUGCAUAUCAGGAAAGAGUUCUUUUUGGAGCUGCUGUUUUCGAGGAUUCCUUUCAAACAGGUCAAGGCAAGUUUUGGACAAGAAAAUCUGUUAGUUCAAGCAAAACAGGUGAUAUGAAAGUGUGACAGUCCGUAAAGAAGAAAAUUCUUUCUCUCAACCUAUCUUUUCUUCUUUUAAGAGGAAGAAUGUUAGGUUCUGACAUUAUAACAGCUUAAUCUCAAAUAUAACCUAAAUAAAAAUGUGCAUGUUACUUCUGGGCUUAGAAGUGUUUGCUAUCUAACUGUAGGACAGACUGACCUGGACACAAGGGAGAACUGAGGCUACCAAUCCUGCCAGAAUAACUCCUCCUUGUACAGUUUAUUAUGUAUAAAUGUAGUUAAUGCCAUAUUUAGUCUGAACUUUUGUGCAGCAGAAUUAGUAUAAGAUAGUUGCCUCUAUAACCGCAGACUACCGAGAGGAGACCUUCCAAAAGUAAUUUCAUCCAAGAUUUUUAUUUUUUUUUAAAAAGCAUCCUACCAAGAGAAAAGUAACUGUUAAGGUGGUAAUACAGUUCUUUUCUCUUUGCAUGCUUUUAAUAUACAGCAAUGUUUCUCAAGCAUGGGAAACUUUAAGAUAUAUGGAUUUCAAUUUCCUGAAUUCCCCAGCCAGCCAUAUUUGAGGAAUAUACAGUAGAUGUAAAUGAAUAUUCAGAAAUGUGAUUCCCUGAUAUUCCCUGGUUUCUACCCCCCCCCCCUGCAUCUCACUAUGCAGUCAUAGUGUAUGUAUAGACCAAGGCACAUGAAGGAUGGUGGCAAAAAUGUAAUAUAGUGUUCUUGAACAUAAUGCAAACUAUCUGUUUUGGAAUGGUCAUUCCCAGGCUUGGAACUGUGGAAAAUCAGUAUUAAACAUGUCUGGGAAACUUUAAUUUCUUCGGCAAAAUUAAUCACAUUUGAAGGUGGUAUGCUAAUUCAUGAAGUUACAGAAAUAUGUGCUUUAUCAUUAGAAGGUUUGGUGCUAUGUAAACAAAUGUAAUUUGUCUUUUCUAUGUUCAAAUAUAUUCUUAUAAUGGUGGGAUUUUAAAAAAUAUUUCUAAGUAUGGUCUGUUUGAACUUAAAAAAAAUUAAAGUAUUUCCUCAUUAAAUGUCA